CAUGAUCACUUUUUGUGCUACUCUAAGACAUGUACGCACACACACACACAAAAACUAUAAAAGAUCUGAUUAGUUUAAAAUUUUUCUCUUUCUUUACUAUUCUUUCUCUAACACUACCAUGUCUGCUCCGAAUGAAAAAGUAGCUGUCAUGGAUGAUGUUCAUUCUGACAAAUACACUUCUAGUGAAAAGGCUUUAGAUGAAAAUCACAAUAUUGAUAGCAGCAAUGCUAGUGAGCAUACACCUUUAUCAGAACAAGAAGCGGGUGAUGCUGCCUUGGCUAAUGCACCAUGGCAAUAUAAGCUCCUUGCUCUCAUUACUGCUUUGCUAUUUCCUUUGGGCGCUCACUUUUCACAAAGUGCUCUCAGUGCUAUGAAAGCCCAGAUUAAAUCGAAUUUGGUUAUUAACAAUACACAAUAUGGUGUUCUUUCUUCCUCGGUUUCAAUUAUCAACACCAUCUUCCCUAUUGCUGGUGGUAUCUUUGUUGAUAUGUUUGGCUCCAUUUGGGGUACACUCGGUAUCAAUUUGGUUGUAAUUAUUGGUAGCUUGUUGACAGCUAUUGCAGCAAAAUAUCAUUCUUUUGGUUUAAUGGUCGCUGGUCGUGUCAUUUUUGGUAUUGGCUCUGGUCUCAUUGUGACAAUGCAAGAAUCUAUUUUGUCUAAAUGGUUCAGAACCCAAAAUCUUUCAAUUGCUAUUGGUCUCCAGCUCUCUAUCAGUCGUCUUGCUACAUUUUUGGGUACCUUGGUCGCUAACCCUAUUGCAGUAUCAACAGGUGACUGGGUAUGGGCAUUUUGGCUUUCUUUUAUCAUUUGUUGUUUCUCUAUCAUAAUGAACUUGAUAUACGCCGUUAUUGUAAGACACUUGCGUCGUAAAGCUAUUGCCGAAAACCAUUCAAAGAACGCUGCUGCUGGUAUUGGUGGAUUGAUGACCAAGGAAGAAGUCAAGAACUUGAAGCGUCGCAAAGCUUUCCACUGGAGAAGUGUGUUCAAGUUCCCUAUUUACUUUUGGCAUAUUCUUUUGAUUGAAUUUAUCUUUGCUGCUGUCUGGUCAUCUUUCCAAACCAUCAGUACUGAAUUCAUUGAGCUUCAUUUUGGUAGUACCAAAGUUUUAGCUGGUUACACUGCAAGUGCAUCUCAAUCUGUUCCUAUUGUGGCGACCCCUAUUUUAGGUAUCAUCAUGGACCUGUUUGGUCUUCGUAUUUCUAUUUUAGUUAUCUCUGCCAUCUUCUUGAUCCUCAGUUCUUGCUUGCUUGCCUGGACUUAUGUCAACGCUACUGUAGGCAUGGUCUUUUACAGUAUCUCUCUUGCUUUCGGUCCUAUUGGUAUGAUUACUUCAAUUGGUAUGAUCUUGCCUUCUGAUUACAUCGGUACUGGUCUUGGUAUGUACAAGGCUUCCAACAAUAUUGGUACUACAAUCCUUGAUAUCAUUGUGGGUGUUGUUCAAGACAAAUCAGCUAACCAAAGCUAUAAUGGUGUCAUGAUCUUGUUCUUGGUACUUUCUUGUAUUGGUUUACUCUUGAUUUGCGCCUUACGUUCUAAGCGUUUGUUACGCAUGAAAGAAAAGAACGAUCACGAGGUUAAUUUGAACAAGCAAGGUUUAGAUUCCUACAGUGAUACACCGGUCAAGCGUCAAAACUAUCUUUUCCUUGGCAUUUUCAUCGUCUGCUUACUUGUUGCUUGGGUUCUUUUCUUUGUCUAUUCUGCCACUGGUAGAAUCAGUGCUUAAACACUGUCUCUUUUAAAAAAAACAUUAUUCAUUAUGUUGCAUUAUUCUCAAUCUUACUGUAAUAAUACCCCAACUCUUCUCAAAAAAUAUACGUAUAUCCCAAUUCUUGGCUAAUAAAAACC